UGUGAUAACCCGACUAAAUAUUUAGGCCUUGACAUUUAUUGUUUCCCUGCUUCUCAAAGGUGCGCGCAAUUGAAGCAGAAACCAGUAAUUAAACCUGACCUUUCAACUUUACUGAUAAAACUUCACACAUCACAAGUAGGAGACAGCUCUUUUUCAAUAAAUUUAGACAUUGACAAGUCAGUGACAAUGCCGCUCAAGUUUGCAGCCAACAUUUCCAUGUUGUUCCAGGAAAUACCAACUUUGGUAGGUAGAUUUAAAGCUGCUAAGGAAGCUGGGUUCAAGUUCACAGAGUGUACAUUUCCCUACAAUGAAGGAUCAGAGGAACUUGGUGAGGCAUGCAAGGAAGCUGGGCUACAGCAUGUCCUCAUUAAUAACUGGUCAGGUAAAAUGGAAAAAGGUGAGCUUGGCCUAGCAGCAUUGCCAGAAAGAGUACAGGACUUUAGAAUGCAACUUGAACUUUCCAUCGAAUAUGCAAACUGCCUCAAUUGUAAAAGAAUGCAUGUUACUGCUGGUAGAACAUCGCGUUGUGACAAGAAAGAAAUGGAGGAAACUUAUCUUGAAAACCUACGAUUUGCUGCUGAUAGAUUACAAAAGGAAGGAAUUAUGUGCUUGAUAGAACCAUUAAAUUCUAGAAUUACUGCACCAAAUUAUUUCCUUAAUAACCUUCAGACUGCUGUUGACUAUAUAAAGAAAGUUGGCCAUCCUAACUUGAAGUUGCAGUUUGAUGUAUUUCAUGCUCAGAUAAUAUCAGGGGAUUUAACUGGGAACCUGAAGAAAUUCCUUCCAUAUAUAGGUCACAUUCAGAUUGCCCAAGUGCCGGAUCGAGGGGAGCCUGAUCUUCAGGGAGAAGUAAACUACAAGUAUAUAUUCCAGCUUUUAGAGGAGAUUGGUUACGAGGGUUUUAUAGGACUGGAAUAUAAACCAAGAACCACCACCUUGGAAGGGCUCAAGUGGAUGCAGGAAUUAGGAGUUUCACCAUAGAAACCAAAAUGAUAUAUAAAAAAACAACAACAA